AUGUGUGUGAUUGCUGAAAAUACCUUCAAGAAGAAAGAAGGGAAUGGGACGGUAGCUAUAUUUGAGAAGGGAUCAACUUCUUCUACUAAGCCUAAUCAGAAAGAGAAAGGAAAAUUCAAAACCAAGAAGAAGAAGAAGGGGAAACCUACUUUGAAACCCAAAGAAGGUGUCAAGAAGAAGCAGGAAGAAGAUAAGGAGGUGAGAGGUGGAAUGGCAAGGUCUCAAGUCAUUAAGUGUGGAGACACAUCGAUAUGUGUGCAGGUGCUUGUAGAAGAACAAGGACACUGA